CUUGCUACUAGUCAUACGAUAUCACUGAUUUCGUUUUCACUGACAACAAUGGGUUUAUAGGCGAGGUAGCCAGAGAAGGUGCUUGGAUUUUCAUGAAAGGCUGGUAGAACUUGAUCAACGCUUCACGAUCCUUUGGUGUCAACUUUUAGGCAUUAAUGAAAGAUUAAUUCACUGAACUGGCUGGGUGAAUGUGACCUUGCGCGUUUAGGAAUACAAAGGAGAGCUCGUUGUCCAAUCACAUCUUGAAGAACAGAAUACCUUAUGAAUAUGAACUAUUAUGGGUUCUGGGUAACCAAUGGACCCUCUGGAAAAACCCGGGCAUGCUAAUUUACAAUUGACAGCUACGGAAUUGGAAUCCAGCAACAUCAUUGAGCGAGCAGUAGGUAUGGGUUCGGUUCUGCAUACAAUGGUUCGCAGCUGUAUGCAUAGUUUACUGUCGCUACUUCGCUUUAAAACAUGUAUAUCAAAACCAAAGAGUAAAGUCACUUUGAAAUUAAAUAUGCAGACAAUUUAGCCUCACUUGGAUACUAGUAGGAAGGAACGGCCAACGGCUGAGAAACGAUCAAAGCAGAGCCGAAGUGUAAGCACUCAGCCACUCUCAGAGCGAGGGAGAACGAUGUACCGAGCGUUUUCUUUCCCAAUGACAGCGGAGCGCAGUCGGAAUAAGGAGCGCCUUGAGGCGAGUUUGGCCGGCCUGUGUGAGUUGGAGCUGCUGAAACAGAGGCAGGAAUGCCUGGUGCUCAGUGCCCUCUCGCUCGGGGACUCUGUCCCAGGACUCCCGGCAUGGGGCGAUGUCCAGCCGGCCCGGCCCGUUCCGGAGACAACCGUCUGUGCGUCAGACGACUUUAGUUAUAGGCGCCAUACGAGCAGUCUACAGUGUACUCCAUGUGGUCUGAUGGCAUCUCUGGAGCAGCAGGUUGGGGAGCUGAGGAUGGAUACAGAGGAUAAUGCGGUGGAGGCCUCUACUGAGCUGAUGGACAGUUGGCCCAGAUCAGGUUUCUAUGAGCUGAGUGAGGUCCUUUCUCCUCUGGGUCUCUCUGAUUCCUCUGGGUUUGGAGAGCUCUCCUCCAGCGCUACCCGAGCCAUCCGCAUGGACUAUGCCAACGACCAGCCCAAAUCAGCCGGGGAAUUCUUCGUGGCCAAUCGGGAAGGACAGCCAGAAUCCGGGUCCCGCCCCACAGUCCCCCGCUCCUUCUCGGCCCCCUAUCCCUCCCUGGAAGGCAUCGCCGAGGGGGCCGGCGAGGGGGAAGACGAGGUCUGGGCCUGGGACCACAGCUCGGGGCCAGGAGGAGGGCUGGAUGUGGAGGGGGAGCCCACGGAGGAGGACUACCGUCAGGCCCAGCGUGUUGAGACAUAUAUCCUGAGCCUGAUCCAGCGGCGCGCCCUGCCCCCUCGGCCCGGCAAGCCCCGCACCGCCAUCACCGUGGCCCGCCAGAGCAGCCUCUGCCGCAAGGAGCCCCAGCCUCCACCAGCCGCUGCCUCCAACCCUGAGCACCACCCCCACCACCACCAAGCCGCUAGUCCCCCUCCCUCCGAGGGUCCCCCUGCUUCCUGGGCUUGUCACAUUCUGGACCAGGAGCCGUACGCAUGCAUUGCCUUGCUCCCUGAUGACUCCCCUCUCCACCAUCACCACCCUCACUCUCACUACCCCCAACCAAGGCCCAGACAACCCUUGGCCAACACCCGCUCUGCCUCCCUGGACUCCCCCUGCAGCAUACCUCCAUCCCAGGACCCCAGCAGCCACGAGCCCGACUCACCCCAUCCCUUCCACCACGGCUACCCGGCCCCUCCCCCGCCCCGUUCGCCUCCCUCGCCUGACGAGCAGCUGGUCAACGCCCAGUACAUCCCCGCCCAACCCCUCCGGGCCCCCACCGCCAGGGCCUCCGCACACUCCCACUCCCACAGGGGGGCCCCUGGAGGACCCAAACCCAGUCGGGGCGCCUAUUCUCCAGAGAGGGGUUCCCAACAGCAGCCUGCCCCACAGCAGCUGCAGCAAGCCAAGUCUAAAGCCGCCCCCAAGAAGUGUCGCUUUAGCGAGGAAAGGGAGAGGGAAAGGGAAAGGGAGAGGGAAAGGGAGAGGGAGAGAGACAGGGAGAGAGAGCGGGAGCGGCCAGUAGGCUCCAAGAAGCCUGGAAGACGAGCCUGCAGGUCCCAGUCUGAGAACAGCCUCAAUGGGCAACGGGGCGUCCCUGAACGCAAGUACAACACGGUGGAGAGAGACGGGGGAGGAUCAGGGUCAGGGAGCGGCCGCGGAAGCCAGUCCAAGGGGAGGAGGCCCCAGCCGGGCAGCACAGGCUACCGCCGCUGGCGCUCCACCCUUGAGCUCAGCCAGGAUGAAGCUGAGCAGCCCCCACAGCCGCCCCCAGCUGACCAGGGCUCCAGGCGUACCCGCAAACCCCGGCCGCCUCCCCCACCUUAUGCCUACAUCAACCCACACCCGCAUCAUCACCCCCAUCUGGAGUAUCUGGACCGAGAGCUCGCAGCCCUGUGUCGGCCCGAGGAGCGCUACCCCCACCCGGGGCAGGGCGAGUCCGAGUCGAGCCUGAGUGAAGACUCGCCGGCCUCCAGCUCACUGUCAAGUGACUCAGACGAGAGUGGGGGUCUGGUGUGGCCCCAGCAGCUCCCCCCUCAGCUCUCCUCCCCUCCGACGGCCACCGCUCCAGCUGGGGCCCCCCUGCAGCCCAAAGCCUUCGUCAAGAUCAAGGCCUCCCACGCGCUCAAGAAGAAGAUUCUGCGCUUCCGCACGGGCUCCCUCAAAGUCAUGACCACCGUUUAGAGUGCCGCACAGGACCCGUGCUUAGCAGUUGGGGGUUAAGACAAUUUAGUGUCUCUCUCUAUAUGCACCUGGUUUCCUUUGAGGAGAAGCGCUGUUUGUUUUGAAGAGCAGCAAGUACAGAAGACAGCAAAUUUAACUCACUGCACUGCCUAACUGUACAUACAUACAUAGACUCUUUGGCUUUCAAUGCAUCUAUCACAGGUAUCAGAUCUGCCAUAAACCCUCCUGAACAAGCAAACAGAGCUGAGCCUGAGCUCUAAACUAUGAUCCCAGAUCUGUGAGGCUUUCGGCUAUUGCCUGAGCCCAGCCAGACGGGGUCUGAGACGAGAUAAUAUGCUAUGGGGCUUGAGUUGGGGCUAGUGGUCACUAGGGUGGCUAAAGUAAACAUAAGACUGGGACCCAGAGCCAAAGAACCCCCCCCCCCCCCCCCAAAAAAAAGGCCUUAUCCCCCUAUCAUCCCCCUUUCCCUCCCCCUGACAGAGAGUACUGUGAGCAUGAUAUGUCCCGUCAUGUGACCUGUGACUCAGCAUCAACGUGUCUGUAGUCUAGGUUGCGUUCCAGGCGCGCUACAUUGCAGACAUUGUAUCAACCAAUGGAUAUAUGCCAUGUUAUUAACUGCAUAACGCAGUUGGGUAUCAGACUGCUAAAUCAUAUAAUGUGGUUAGCUGAUACGUUAAACACCUAUCUAGCUGUGAAAUCUGGCGUUGUCAUAUCUGGCAGGAGUAUGCAAUGUAGCCUGGAACGCUGCCCUCCUCUGCACAUGACCACCUGUGUGGUGUGAUUUACCCACUCCUGUAUUUAUGAAUGUAGUCUGUAAAUAAAAUGAGCUGGGACCAUGGAACCUUAAGGGGACCACAGAGGUCUUGUCUCUCGA